AUGUUUGGACAGCCUCGCCGAGAACAGCAGAUUCAGCCUUUCGACCCGUUUGCAGACCAGAUGAUGCCUUUCGGUGGUCAAGGCGGUGGCUUUGGCGGUCUCUUUGGAUCGAUGUUCGGACAGAUGAAUCAGAUGAUGCAGGACAUGGAUCAGAUGAUGAUGAACCCACACAGGGGCGGCCCACAGAUGUCUAUGAUGUCUGGCAUGUCCGGCGCGGGAGGGUUCAGUUGCCAAACCUUUUCUUUUAGCUCCAGAAUGGGCCCUGAUGGACAGAUGCAUACAGAGCAGUACGCCUCAAGCGCAGUGGGCGAUCGCAGUCGGGACAUGCACGAGGUGCAACAGAUGUACAGCAACAGCACCGGCGUGGACAAGAUGUCUCUGGAGCGACAACUCGAGGGCCGCGCGCGGAAGGUGGUGAAAGAGAGGACCCGCAACACCAUGGAAGAACGCCAGACGGAGAUGUUCCGCGGCAUGAAUGAGGAGGAUGCGCCAGACUUUGAUCGACACUGGCAAGAACGGGCUGUGCCUCAUUUGCCUCAGCACCAGGUGGGCUUCGGGCGGCAGCUGGGCGACCAGAGCCGCGCCCGAGGAGGUGGCGGUCGAGCACCUGCGGCCUUAAGCAAUGGCUACCCAUCUCCUGGCGGCCACACGGCUGGCUAUGGUGGCUAUGGGCCACAGCGGAGUGUGCCAGUGGUGCAAGGCACGCCAGUCUACCCCGACACGAGGCCAACCUGGAGGUAA